CACUCUCCUGGCUCAAAUGUGACUCAUGCUAUCUACCUAGGCAGUGAGCUUUUUUAGAGCCUCUACCUUCUACCUUAAAGUAGGACGAGCAAGCCUUUUCUUAUAUACUCAGUGUUUACCUAGUAUUUUAUUGAAUCUUGCGGUAACAGCUCAACUUCAACCUUUCCUACUUAGAUUGCACCAUUCUCGAGAAUAUGGCGCCUCUUAGUAUCAUUGAAAAAAACGCAAUUGUUGUCAAGAUUCAGCAGCAGCUUUCCAAGACUCCUUAUGCCUGCUCUUCUCUGACGCAUCUCACCAAUGGGACCACCAACUUCGUUUUCCGGGGCACUCUCAUCCAACCACUCGUCCAAUCCCACUCAACCCCGGACAAUCAAUCAUCUCCCAUUGCUAGAUCUAUCAUCGUCAAGCAUGCCACCGAGUUUGCCGCGCUGAACAGGGACCUACCCAUCGAUGCUUCACGCAGUAUCGUUGAGGGGUCCAUGCUUGAUAUCCUGAACAACUUGCCCUCCACCAACUCUAUGGUAAAAGUACCGCAUCUACUCUAUUUUGACCGAGAAACCAAUACUCAAGUUCUAGAGGAUAUUCCCAAUGUCGUAGAUCUCAAGACCAUAUUAAUGUCACCCAAUGCCAAUGAGGUCUUAACUAAACCAUUUGCAACCUUAGUUGGUCGCGCCCUAGGAUCUUGGCUUCGUUCGUUCCAUUCCUGGACUUCGAAACUUCCCCCCGCCAAUCUGGGAGAGGAGAAGCUGAAGAUUGGAACCAAUGAACCCAUGAGAGAUCUCAAAUAUCGCAUUUCCUACGACUGCUUCAUCGAUGUGCUCAAGCAGUUCCCAGGUGUUAUUGGCAAGCACCAGAGCGUAUUGGAAGAAGUCAAAGCCAGUGCAGCCAAUGAUUUCAGGAGACUGCCGAGUGAGGAUCAAGAUGAGGGAUGGGGCACCAUCCACGGGGAUUUCUGGACUGGAAACGUUCUCCUCCCAGAAACCCAGCAACCCCAAGAAAGUCCCAAACUGCACAUCGUAGAUUGGGAAUUCGCGCAGUUCGGCCACCGAGCGUACGACGUCGGGCAGAUGAUCGCGGACCUGUACGAGCGGAAGCACUUCCUGGACGUCGAGGGCGCGCUAUGGGGCAUCGACGCUUUCAUAGAUGGCUACGGCGCCGUCAGUGAAGACAUGGCUUUCCGCAUUGCGAUACACGCGGGAGUGCACCUCGUCACGUGGAUGAAGAGAGGCCCGCCGCUGCAUAUGCGUGCUGCGUGGGCGACGCUGGAGCGGGCGAGGGCGGUGGUGGAGUUGGGGAUGAAUUUUGUGCUGAAGGGGUGGGAAAGGGAUAGGGGGUGGUUUAGGGGGAGUAUUUUAGCUGGCUUGUUUAUCUGAAGACUGAAGAUGGUGGAGUUGUACUGUAGCAAUUACGAAGUAGAG